UGGCACAGGAGGAGCUCGGUACGCUUCGCCUGGGGCGAGGAGCUGUGGGGACGGGGACGGUGCCUGUGGUGCUGUGCAGCCACCCCGGGGGGUCUGGGACAGGUACCAGUCCGCACGGCACGUCAGCCCGGGGGGGUGGAGGCCAGGAAGGUAAAGGGUGGCCCUGGUGACUUGGGUGGUAGCACCCCUAGUCCCUGAAGGGGGUUUCGAGGGGACAUGGAGAUGUGGCGGAGGAGGAGCAGGGCUCCAGGCCUGCCCUGGCUGCUUCCCAGUGCCUGGCCGCAUCCUGCACUGCUCUGCCUGAAACUGGGCACGGGUGUCAGGAGCCACCAGCCCGGCUCUGAGGGAUGCGCGGGCAGUGAGGGGGUGUCUGUAUGGGCUCUGCCCGCCUGCAGCGCCUGGGGAGAGCGGAGCCUGGGUCCUGCACUGUCCAGGGGUUCCCCAUGCGCAUCGGUGCGUUGGCCGUGGCUGCAGAAAUGCCCUCUGCCAUGCUGGAAGAAGGUGCUCAGCCGUCUGUCUCUGUCUUAUGCAGCUUUCUGGUUCACUGUGCCGCCACCAUGUCUCAGAGCCCCCCUGGCAGCUUUGUGGACGACAAGACCUUUCUCCUGGAGUACCGAUGCCACCCUGUGCGGCCGGAGCCCCCCAGCCCGACCUACCUCCCCAGGAGGCCCAGCUCCACCACGGUGCCCGAAGCCACCUCUCCCACCUCGGCCGAGCCCCACCGCAUUGUCCUCAGCACGGACAGCCCGGCUGCGCUGAAGGUGGGAACCCAGCAGCUGAUCCCCAAAAGCCUGGCUGUCUCCACCAAGACCAAGACCAACCCCUGCCGGCACCAGAGCCUCGGGGUGGCUGGGUCCAGCCGGGAGCCCCUGGGCCCCGACACGAAGCGGGUGUCCGUCCCCAGCCUCUCCCCGGAGGUGGAGGAUGAUGGUGGAGGGGGGCUGAAGCGCAACCUGAGGAACAUGUCCUAUCGCGCGGCCAUGAAGGGCCUGGGCACGGAGCCGGAGCCGGUGGCCACCAUCCCCUCGCUGAAACCCGUGUCGGAGGAGGGCAGCGCCCUGCCUGCCCGCAGCCCCGGCAGGAACAAGAGAACCUUUGGGCGGAGGCGGGUGCAGAAGCGCGGCGGCUCGUUCAAGGACCAGCCCCGGCUGUAUCAGGAAAUCCGUGAGAGAGGUCUGAACUCCAUCGGCCAUGAGUCAGAUGAGGAUUUGCUGGAGGAACCCAUCCCAGAAGAGCCGUCCCGUCCGGAUGCCGCUAUCGUGGUGCAGAGCUAUCGCCCGGCGCAGGUGACCUGGAGCCAGCUCCCAGAGGUGCUGGAAGCGGGCAUCCUGCGAAAGAUAUCCCCUGAAGAGCGCAAACGGCAGGAGGCAAUGUUUGAGAUCAUCACUUCUGAGUACUCCUACAUGCACAGCCUGGGCAUCCUGGUGUGCCACUUCAUGAGGUCAGAGGAGCUGAAGGAGACCAUGACGCAGACGGAGCAUCACCACCUCUUCUCCAACAUCAGCGACAUCCUGACUGUCAGCACGAGCUUCUUUGAAGACUUAGAGAAGCGACACCAGGAAAACGUUCUAAUGCCUGACAUCAGUGACAUAGUGGAAGAACACGCCUCAAACCACUUCAAUCCCUACAUCAGCUACUGCUCCAAUGAAGUCUACCAGCAGAGGACACUUCAGAAGCUGCUAACCACAAACCCCUUAUUUAAAGAGACCUUGAAACAAAUUGAAAGGAAACCAGAAUGUGGAGGCCUGCCAAUGAUCUCAUUUCUCAUUCUCCCUAUGCAGAGGGUAACACGCCUUCCUCUGCUGUUAGAUACCCUCUGUCAAAAAACAAAAGCAGGCACUGCAGCGUACGGAGCUGCCACCCAAGCGCUGAAAGCCAUCAGCAAGCUUGUGAAGAACUGCAAUGAGGGAGCUCGUGCUAUGGAGAGGACAGAGCAGAUGUACACCCUGCAGAAACAGCUGGAAUUUGGAAAAAAGAAGCCUUUCCCGCUGAUCUCUGCUUCCCGCUGGCUGCUGAAGCGGGGGGAGCUGCACCUGCUGCUGUCGGAAGAGGUGGGCAUCUUCCGCCGAGGCGCCGGCAGGCUCUGCUACCUCUUCUUGUUCAAUGACGUCCUGAUCAUAACCAAGAAGAAGAGCGAGGAGAGCUAUACCGUCAUGAACUACACCACGCUGGACCAGGUCAUGGUGGAGAAGAUUGAGACUGCAGACCCACCUUCCCCUCCUCCUGGCAAGAGCGGGAGCGGUGGCACAGCCCGCGGCACAGCCGGUGGGCACCUGCUCCGGGUGGUGAUGGAGAAGGACAGCGAGGGCAAGCGGGAGGAGAUUGUGCUGUCAGCAGAGACACUGAGUGACCGGGCCCGGUGGAUUGCUGCGCUGAUGCACAGAGGAAAGGAAAAGCCUGACACCACUCCUAAAGGAGAGCUGAGCCAAGUGGAGAUCACCCGCGCCUACCUGGCUAAGCAGGCAGACGAGAUUUCCCUGCAGCAGGCAGACGUUGUCCUCGUGCUGGGGGGCGAGGAUGGCUGGUGCUGGGGUGAGAGGCUCAGGGACGGCGAAAGGGGCUGGUUUCCCCAGUCCUGCGCUCGGCAGAUCACCAGCCGCACGGCGGUGGAGUGCAACGUCCGCCGGAUGGAGCGGCUGCGCGUCGAGACCAAUGUGUAGGCUCAUGGCCCAGGGAAGGUGCCUCUGCCGUGGCGUGUCAGGGGUCUUCAAACCUCUGCGGACUGAGCCCAUAGCGAGAAGGGAGUGGGAGAGCCUUUAUUCUUGAAUUUCAUUUCCCUUGAGCUGUCACAGGCGGCAGAUCUUACCGUUCCGCACUGGCCUUUGUAGUGGCCGUGACAGCAGCUAAUUAAUGUGAGACCUGGCAUUUGAGCGCUCCUGGCCAAAGCUCAUAUUAAUGACCUGGAACAGGCUUCAAGAGGCAGCCAAGGUGCUGGCUGAAGUUGAAAAGGCUGCGGCUGGGUUCUGGGCUCUGUGAAGCGGCUCGUGCCGCCGUCUCUCUCCCUCUCACUGGCUGUAUGCCUUGUGGGGUAAGACCCGGCACAUGGGGAGUGUAUACCUGAAUCAAGAAUUUUUUAGGAACUUAAGUCUAUAUGCUAGGCUUAUUCCUUCACCCCAUUUUCCCCUCCUGUUUCUUUUUUUUUCUCUCCCCCUCCACAAUUAUUCUUGGUUUUCGUGCACGCUCUACAGGGCGAGGGUGCCCACCGCCCAUCAGUCCCACGCUGAACUGGCAGGUGCUGGGGGCUGGUGCAGUCCAAGCUGUUCUGGAGUCAGCUCUGGGGCCAGGAAUGGGAUGCUCCGGCCAGUGGGAAGCAAUCUGUGAGUCCUGCCAGCCGAGGAAGCCAGGCACACCAAGAGGGAGCAGUGCUGUAGCCCCUGCUGCGCUUCCCAUCUCCUGAGAUGGCCAGGCAGAAGCAGGGGUUUUGGUCCUCCUGGAGAGGGAUGUAGUUGGGGGGGGGGUCAAAGCUCAGCCUUCCCACAGCAGAAUGGUCCCCUCUCCUCCCCUUCUCCCUCAGGAUUAGCACCAACAAGUCAUUAACGAAGAGGGCUGAAGAGGGCUGAGGCAGGGUCGUUAGUCACAGUGGAGCAGUUUGCAUCUGGGGUUUUUAUGGGUCAAAUCUUUAGUGCCGCUGGCAGGAGAUGGGUGGGCAGCUCCGCUGGGGGUCUUCGAUGCUCAGCCAGUCACACCUCGUGGAGCGGAACCAGCACCUACUAUUUCAGGAUGAGGCAGCUCCGUGUGCUGCCUGGCUUUGGAGUCACAGGGGCAGCAUUGUUGGGAUGUGGCUGUUUUGAUUAAACUGUCAACAGAUUAAUUAGAUUAACAAUAAAUUCUUGGAGCCCAGUGAAA